AGCCGCUGCUCAACGAGGAGACCGCGGCGGCUAGCGCGCGGGAGGAGAAGCUGGAGCGCGAGCGGAAAGAGAAGGAGCGGUUCGAAAAGGCUCUAGGCAAAAAUCACUGCAGCUGCGCGAACGGACUGGCGGUGCAAGACGAGACGAGGUGUUCCGGCGAGCCGACGGAGCUGUGCGCG